GUCAAAGUCAAACUGCUUCAGUUUGUCUCACAGUUUUUAGUUUCUGUAACUCCGCGGCUGUUUUGUUUUGAUCUCGCUGUAUCCAGAUCUCGCGAGAACACUAGCCCUCCCGUCGUUCGCCAUUAUAGCUAAGAGAAGCGUCCCCCGGACGAGCACCGGAGAGGCUCCGUUACCCGGACACAGACACGUUUUGCUCGCUGACACCCGCCGAGCCACUCUGCAUCCAGGUGCGCAGGUAGAAAGAUGGCAGAUGACCUGGACAUCGAGGCGAUGCUGGAGGCGCCAUACAAGAAGGAGGACGCCAAAAUCUCGAGCCCCAACGGACAGGACGAGCGCUCCAAGAGGAAGAAACGCAGCCGCAGUCGCAGCUGCGACAGGAAGCGCAGCCGGAGUCGAGACAGGAAGAGGAGCCGGAGUCGGGAGCGCAAACGUAGCCGCAGCCGAGACAGGCGGAGGAGUCGUAGCCGCAGCAGAGAGCACCGCCGCAGCAGAGAGCGCGGUGGGCGCUACAGAGACCACCACAAGCACCGGCGGCGGUCGAGGAGUAAGAGUCCCGUCAGGAAGGAGAAGAGUCCAAUCAGGCAGCCCAUCGAUAACCUGACGCCCGAGGAGCGAGACGCCCGCACGGUGUUCUGCAUGCAGCUCGCCGCCCGCAUCCGCCCCCGAGACUUGGAGGAGUUUUUCUCUGCGGUGGGGAAGGUUCGGGACGUCAGGAUGAUCUCAGACAGGAACUCCCGCAGGUCAAAGGGCAUCGCCUACAUAGAGUUCGUGGAGGCAAGUUCAGUUCCUCUGGCCAUUGGGCUGACGGGACAAAGGCUGCUGGGAGUUCCCAUCAUUGUACAGGCCUCACAGGCAGAGAAGAACCGAGCUGCUGCUGCUGCUGCUGCUGCAGCCAACAAUCUGCAAAAAGGGACAUCUGGACCGAUGAGGCUGUACGUCGGCUCGCUGCACUUCAACAUCACCGAGGAGAUGCUGCGAGGGAUCUUUGAGCCAUUUGGACGGAUUGAGAGCAUCCAGUUGAUGAUGGACAGCGAGACGGAGCGCUCCAAAGGAUACGGCUUCAUCACCUUUGCAGAUGCAGAGUGCGCCAAGAACGCUCUGGAGCAGCUGAAUGGCUUCGAGUUAGCUGGGAGACCCAUGAAAGUGGGUCACGUGACCGAGCGGACCGACAUCUCCAUGGCGUCAGCCCUCCUUGACAGCGAUGAGCUGGAACACACCGGCAUCGACCUGGGAACCACCGGGAGGCUGCAGCUCAUGGCCCGCCUGGCUGAGGGUACUGGUCUGCAGAUCCCUCCUGCUGCUCAGCAGGCUCUGCAGAUGAGUGGGGCUAUUGCCAUCGGAGCCAUGGCUGCAGUGACAGCGGCCAUGAACCCGACUCUCAACAUGAACAUGAACUCUCCUGCUCUGAACCUCCCGUCUCAGCCGCUGGCGACGCACUGCUUCCAGCUGUCCAACAUGUUUAACCCCAGCAGUGAGGAGGCUCCUGGGUGGGAGCUGGACAUCCAGCAUGACGUCAUAGAGGAGUGUAACAAACAUGGCGGCAUUGUUCACAUUUACGUUGACAAAAACUCCACUGAGGGAAACGUCUAUGUCAAGUGUCCUUCGAUCCCAGCCGCCAUGGCUGCCGUCAAUGCCCUGCACGGGAGAUUCUUUGCUGGUAAAAUGAUCACCGCGGCGUACGUGCCCCUGCCCACCUACCACAACCUGUUCCCGGAGUCUGUCACUGCGACGCAGCUGCUGGCCCCACCCCCACGCCGGUGACUCGUUGUCAAUGCUGCCCUCUGAUUGGACACUGUAAUUCAGAGCCCAGCCCUGUCCUGCUGGUCGUCACACAUGCUCAGUGUGGUUCCCGAGGUCAGAGGUCGGCAGCCGUUUGUUUGAUACAAACAUGUUGCCCGGUCUCGAUUGGCUGGUUCCCCACGCCACCGUUUCUUCCUGUUGUAGAGUCUCUGUGCGGCCACGCCCCCAAGUAUCGUCCAGUGAUUGAGCUCUGUGAGCUGCGAGGGUGUGGCCUGAUGACAUGAUUGGUUUGCAGUUUAAAUGUUUUUGUAAACGAGUUUCAUUUUGUAAAAAUUGUUGAUUAAAUUUUAUUUUCUGUCA